CUGGGAUUGAUAGGGAUGUUUCCAUCAUGGCGGCAUCCAUUUCAGGUUAUACUUUUAGUUCUGUGUGUUAUCACAGCGCCAACAGCAACUCAGAUCAUGAGGGCUUCCUAUUAGGAGAUGUAAGGCAAGAAGAGACUGUCAGCAUCACUGACGCACAGAUCAGCGCGGCAGAGUUGCUCCAGGUAGUAGAAAUCCAUAACCAUGAUCCUUGUGCACAGUUAUUUAGCUUUUAUGACUACGCAGGCAAACUCAAUGAGGAAAAUCUCAACAGCAUACUUAAAGAUAGGCGGAAAAACGUCAUUGGCUGGUACCGGUUCCGGAGGAACACGCAGCAGCAGAUGUCUUUCAGGGAACAGAUCAUCCACAAACAGCUGACUGAGCUUCUUGGUGUGCCCGACCUCGUUUUCCUUCUGUUCAGCUUCAUCUCCACCGCCAACAGCUCCACACACGCACUAGAAUAUGUGCUUUUCAGACCUAGCCGCAAUAGGUUUAACCAGAGGAUAACCCUCUCAAUCCCAAACCUUGGCAACACGAGCCAGCAGGAGUACAAAGUCUCCUCAGUGCCCAACACCUCACUCAACUACACGCAGGUCAUCAAAGAGCACGGGGCUGAAUUCUUUGACAAAGAUGGUGUGAUGAAGGACAUCCGAACAAUAUUCCAAGUCUACAGUGCACUACAAGACAAAGUGCAGGCCGUGUGUGGGGAGGUAGAAGAAAGUGAACGUGUGAAGGAGAAAAUUCAAGAGGAUGUGAACAAACUCAAACAACAAAUUGCUCUCAGGAAACACAAGGCAACAGAAGAGGAGAGAAGGCUGCGGGAGGCCCAAAACACAGACUCCCAUCCCACUCCAGAGGAGAACACAGAACUCUCUGAAGCUUCCUCUCUCUCCAGGAUAACGUUUCCCACCCCCUCUGCUCCGGAGCGGCCCAUUACCUCACCCAACCCUCCAUCUUACACUGACCUCUUGUCCCAGGAUGACUCUCUGCUCUCCUCCUCUUCCCCACCCACCAGCGCUGCUCUGCUGCCCCGACCUCAAGCUGUGGGCUCCCCGGGACACCCCCCCCCCGGCCCGCUGGGGAUGGGCCUCGGGUUGGGCCUGGGGCUCGGUGCCAGCUCUAAGCCUGUCGCCACCCCCAGCACCCCGUACCUUGGCAAUGGUGACGGGUCGAGCUCUGACUCGUUAGACAGACAAGCUGCGGGGCAGGAAGAUGACGAGGAGGAUGAUGACGAAGAUGAGGACAGUAGCGAAUAUGAGAACUUAGUGAGUGAAGCUGCUCAUCUGCCAAUAGCCUCUGGCAGCGUUUUAACACAAGGCCGGCCGGCUGCCCUCGGUCCGGACGGGGACGCUCGCGGCUCACAGACAACAUAGAACCAUGCCACAGUGUGUGUACAGGACACAAUUAAGUGACGCACCUUGAUAGGAGGGCAUCUCAAGCAAUCAAAGAUAGACAAAUAUAGACAAAAAGUAGUGCCAGUCCUGAAAGUGAAAGGCAUGCACAGGUGGUGUCCCUCUGCGAGUGUUUCUUGUCUUAGUCUUAUCUCCAUUUUAAGGGGAAACUUUGUUAUGCUUUGCAGGCUUAACAGGCGUGUCUCACUGGGGGAAAAGAUGUCUGUCUGAAAUAGGGUCGGUUUAGGUACUUCAGUGCGGAUGUUUUGGCUCUCUAAAUGCUCCAUGCUUUCUGUAUCUUUUGUUUCACAUUUGCUUCACCAAUUCUAAGCACCCACUUUUGCAUUACCUCUUGCACUAUUUGUUUGCCUUCUUUUUAACUAACGAUCGAAGAAAAACAAAAGGAGAACAUUAUGCACACUUCCAAAAAUUGUUUUUAAGUAGGUAAACAAUGGUUAACUUUUUAUGUUUGAUUUGAAAAAGAGAUUUAAAUUAUGUAACUAGAACUCCUUGAAAUGCAAAUGUAUCACGUUUGGAUUUUCAACUUAUUAGUUUUUCAUUUGUAUGUUCCACAGUCUCUAAUUAAUCAUACAAAAUUUACUUUGCCACUUUUUAAAUGGGUGCUUUAUAUAUACAUAAUUAUAUAUAAUUAUAUUUUUUUGUCAGAUUAAUAAUUAAUCUAAUUUGUUUGACAACAAUGUCAAUGUCUUGUUCCUUUUUGGUUUACACUGAAAUUUUAUGCGCUUUGCUGCACUUAACAAAAUGUAAGAUUUCUUUUUAUUAUUGUGCUAUACCAAUGCUGUCAUGUUGUGCCACUUGAGUAGUCCUCUUCGAGCACCUUGAGCCAAACUCGGCUCGGCUUUUGUGUGUUGUACGAGGCUCCCAGGGCAACACGAUGUACUGUAGCUUUACUAACCAGAUGCUUAAGGUUCCCUCCUGCUGCUGCAACACAGAGAGCUACCACUAAAAAACUGCAUCUGUCUGUUUUCUUUUUCACGUAAAACCCUGGCUGCUACUUCCACUUCACAGUGCUGUUAGUCUCAAAUACUACUGACCAUGAACAUAUAACCUAUUCAAGCUCACUUCUCACUGACUUGUUUUCUAUUAAAGUCAUAAUGGAAGGCUGUCACCCCCUGUAGUGUGUGAAUUGUAACCUUGUGAACAACGAGCGAUCACCUUCUUGUCUCGGCAUAGUCGACAGCAGACCUCAUGCAUUCGGACCUGGUUGGGUCAAUGUUACGUGUAUGGACCUGGAUAAUGUGAUGGGACCUUGCUUCAAUAUACAGUGCCUUCCACUCAGGGCAGUUUCUAUCUGCACACGGUACACAUUCACAGAUCUCUCUUGAGGGGUUAAAUUAUAACAAAUGUGUUGUUGAUGUCCAGCUUUUUUUUGUUGACUUUCCAUCAUGUGAUGUUUUCUCUAGCUGAAACAACACCUCACUGCUUACUAAAGCUGUUUUCCCUUUUUUAAUACUUAAACAGACAACUUUCUAAAUGGAUCUGCAGCUCUUGUUUGCAACUGUGAAUUUGCUUGCUCUAUUAUUUUUCAACUGGAAUUCUAAUGUAAAGUCAGUGGCAAUCUGAUGAAUAACUGAUAUUUGGUAUGGUGAGCAUGACUGACAUGCAGAUUACUUUUUUUUUUGUAUACAUCUAUACCAUUGAAGACAACGGAUAAACAAGGUUUCGAUUGAUAGGGUGCUGGGUGAAUUCCUCUUGCAUGAAUUGGUAGAUGGACACCGUUUUGAUCAGCAUGGACAGAUAUUUGCACUGCACAUGGAGAACGUCUUACAUAAUGAUCAGCAGGUUGCACUUAAAUGAAGACAUUUGGUGGUGGGAGAAGCGCUGCCUUGUGAACAAGCUCCACUUUAUUUACAUGGCCUGUUUGUAUGGAAUGUUUGUUUGUGUUUUGCCUAAUUUGCCCUGAUGUGUAAUGCCAAUGCAUAACUCGGGAACUGGCACUCAAAAUGUUACUUUAUAAUCACCCAGAGUAACGCAAUCACACAAUGUUAAAUUAAAUGACAAAAUAAAUUUGUUAGGAAUAUGGUUUCCUUUGAGUAGUAGAAUAUACUAAGGAAAUACAUAAUGAAUGUAUAGUAGACAAGUGGGGAGGGGUAGCAUUUAAAAGGCACUUACUGUAAAAGCUUGUCUAAGUUGAUUGUUGUGGUGGUAUAGAUAAGCAAUUCUCAAUGUUGGUCCUCGAUCUUAAUCCUUGUCCUUAGUACCUAGAUGAUUGCUUUUUAAGUCUCUCUUUCUGGCAUCCCCAGGUAUAAUCCUGACUUGAUGGCCAGAAUAUAAAACAGCAAGGCUCUGGUGCUGAGGGCUCCUGGAAUGAAGCAUAAGGACUAACAUUGUUUCUAUCCUACCUUUCAAGUUCCAACAUAGUACAAAUAUACACUUAUGUACUCUCACUGUAUGGGGUGACCCUUCCCUGAGUGGGCCGUUGCAACAUCAACACCUCCCUGAGAGCGCAAAGUCCAGUGCACAGCUACGAACUUCUCUCUUUUAUCUGGAUGUGUGUACUUGACUAAAGUAGACCAAGGACUUGCUUGGACGAGCAAAGAUAAUAUUGUUCUUAAACUGGGAGAUAAUAAAUAAGACAUACAUAUGUGA